ACCGGCCCGCGGCUGCCUGAGCCCCGCCCCGCCCCGCCCCGCCCCGCCCCGCCGCUGACGGCGGCCGGCAAGACCCAAGCUUGCGCCGGGGUUCCCGCCGCCGCCGCCGCGCCGGGCAGUCGUUCCCUGGCCUUCCGUCCCGCCGCCGCCCGGCCAUGGAGCUGUGGCAGGUACCGCUGCUCUUCUCGCGCCUGCCCAUGUUCCCCUUCUUCGACCUGGCGCACUAUGUGGCCUCCGUCAUGGCGCUGAAGGAGCAGCGGGGAGCUGUGGAAGUGUCAGUCCGAAGUCCAGUGGCCUGCUGGUUUAGUGCUAUGCUGUAUUGCUUUGGUGGUUCAGUUUUGUCUUCAUUGAUGCUUGCAGAACCUCCAGUAGCAUUUCUGGCAAAGGGCACAAAUAUUCUACUGGCAUCUUCAGUCUGGUAUCUUGUGUUUUACUGCCCACAAGACAUAUUCUAUCAGUGCUUUGCCUUUCUGCCUCUUCGGCUUCUGGUUGCAGGAAUGAAAGAAGUUACUAGGACUUGGAAGAUAACAGCUGGCAUUGCACAUGCAGACAGCCACUUCAAAGAUGCCUGGCUUGUCAUGGUAGCUGUGGGCUGGGCCAGAGGAGCUGGCGGUGGCCUAAUUUCCAACUUUGAGCAGCUGGUAAGAGGAGUGUGGAAACCUGAAACCAAUGAACUACUGAAGAUGUCAUACCCUGUGAAGGUAACUUUGAUAGGAGCAGUUCUUUUCACUCUGCAACAUAGCCAGUAUUUGCCAAUAGCAAGACACAACCUUGUGUUUUUAUACACCAUCUUUCUCGUCAUUUCCAAGGUAACAAUGAUGCUGACAAGAUCUGCAACUUCUCCAUUUGCUCCCUUUGAGGCUGCAUUAGGCCAUCUGUUCUUUGGCUUGCAAAAGACACCAUCCAAACUGAGGAGUGAAGGUGCUGCAUCUUCCAAUGGCUCUUCAGUCUGUGACCAGUCUUCUGAACAGCACCGUGAUGGUGUUAAGAAAAGACAGGCAAAGAAAACAGAAUAAGUGGCUUAAAAUCCUUGGUGGACACAACCUUUGAAAGUGUUUGUAUUUCAGAUUAGGCUGGGUGAGAAAUUUGUUUAAAGAAAUGCAUGUGAGGAGAGAACAGGGCUGUAUUCUACUGUGUUGUCGUUCACCUUCGGAAUGUGUUUUGUAAGCUACCGUUCAGAUGUAUAAAUGCACAUGUUGGAUUUGUAACUUUAAAAAAUGCAAAUUUUUAUAGUGGUUAUAAGUUUACUAAAUUUUGUAUUUAUGAUAACUUUAAAUUCUUAUAUACUAAAAACAUAGUUUCAAAAUGUGACAAUCAGCUUUGUUACUUUUUCUGGUGUAUCACUUGUUUUACCUCUUCCCACCCUCCUUACCCUCCAAUUCUUAUGCUUCAUUUGAAAAGCAUAGAUUUGCACUGCCAAGUGUUUGCAGCAGCAUAUCCCAGAACCGACAUUUAUCAUCUGAGUAAAGGCUUAACUACGUUGCGAUGUAAAACCACGAAAAUGUACCAAACUAAUGCCUUUAACUAGAAAAAUGACUGAAUUACUGUUGUAACUUACAUUGUACCAGUCUAGAUUUUCUUCAUUUACUUAAGUAAAUAUUUUCCAUAUUUUUCUGUUUUUUGAAAUAAGAGUGAGCUAUCUGGCACUUUUUAAAAUCUUAACAGUAAGCACGUAGAAACAUUUCACUAUAUUUGUUGUUGCCUGACUUUGACGCUUUAUUUGUAAGUAUUUGAUAUAUAGCUGUUUUUCAUGUUACUUACAUGAUUUACAUGUGGUUUUUAGCUACCUUUGAGUUUGAGUGAGACUAGACAUCUCCACCUGCACUUUUAUCCAAGCAUAUGCAUUUUUUUCUUUUCAAAGCCAAACUUCCUUCUGAAAAAGAAUACUGGACAAUACAUUUACCUUGUUUCUCAUGAGUUCAAUCCUGUUAUACCUGCUGUUAAAAAAUACCAGUACUAGUUUGUAGCAACUACCUCUGGCGCUAUUGUGGAAAAAGUCUGGUGUCACCAGCAGAAUUUUGGUUUUUUGAUCAUUGGUCAGUUCACACAACACCAGGCCUGCUGGCGACAGACAGGGUACACCUGCCUCACAAGGGGGAAAAGGAUCUUUGCACAGAAGUUAGCAGGGCUCAUUGAAAGAGCUUUGAACUAGAUUUGACGGGGGAAGGGAUAAAACCAGGCUCACAAGAGAUAAGCCCGGGCGUGGCACAACAAUAUUUGAUGGAUGGGGUGCUAGCAAGGUCCCUUGGUCUGCCGUCUCAGAGGAGAGAGGAGGUAGGGGAUGGAAAGCCAUGCAGCAGCAAAGAUGGAAGGGUUACGGAUGUGUCAGAAACCAUGAAAGUGCCUGAAAACGGUCACAUAGGCAUUAGGGUUUCCUCCCCGCAAAAAGGUGGUGGGAUCUAUAGCCCAACUGAAGUGCAGCUACACCAAUGCACGCAGCAUGGGCAACAAACAGAGGAGCUGGAAGCUGUUGCGCAGCAGGAAAACAAUGAUAUAGUUACCACCAUGGAAACAUGGUGCGAUGACGCGCACAACUGGAGGGCUGCAAUGGAUGGCUAUAAACUCUUCAGAAGGGAUGGGAAAGGAAGGAGAGGAGGUGGUGUAGCCCUGUAGGGAGUGUUUUGACUGUCUAGAGCUUGACGAUUGUGACGAGAGUUGAUUGUUUAUGGGUAAGAAUCAGGGGGAAGGCCAACAAGGUAGAGGCAGCCCUGUUUGAAACGACAAAUGUUCUAGUUCUAGGUACAUAUCUAAAUUUAGAAAAGUGUCAUGUAAGCUGUGCUUAGUGAAAAGAAAAAAAAGGUACCUGAGAAAUUUCUUGUGCCUGUCUAGUCACAUUUCCAUGGUAGUGACCAAAACAAUUGAACUCCUCAGUAUGUGAUCCAAGUUUACCGCAAACAUCCCGUACCUUAAAAGCUAAAAUGAGUAUUUUCUUCAACAGAGGGAAAAAAGAAAAGAACGAAAGGGCCCUCAAAAUUGGACAAAAUAGCAAUCAUAUUCCUAACACUUUACACUGAAACGCAGUGUGCAGUUAUAAAUGCUUGGAGUAUUCAUUUGCAGGGUGUCUCAGUUUUUUGUAGCUUGGUAUCACGGAUGUAUGGAUAAACUUGAAGCUGCCAGCUAACUAGUUAAUGGUCAACUAGUUAUUCAGCAACACCAGCAAAAUUUGUAUGUCCACAGCUUUUGAAACUUCUGGAUGUUUUUUGAAAAGGUAUAGUUGUGUAUAUUAGAUCAGAAGAACCGUACAGAAUUGGAUUGUGGUAUGGGACUAUGUUGCACAACUGUGAAAUACUGCUAAUAACUGGCUACUCUUAGCCCAAAUAAAUGUGAAAAUAUGCUUGGACUAAUUCUUUAUCAGGUUUACAACUUGAAGGAAGAUUCAUGGGUUUGUAUUAAUUUUGAAUUUAAAGAUGCCAAUAUUAAAAAAAAAAUGUUGUUUUUCUUGAC